AAAGAUUGGAUACAGCGUAAACAGCUGCCGGGUGGCACGUGCACAUAAGACAAAUUAGAAAUGAUUGAGCAGGACUUGCCUGGUCAGUAUAUAGACGAUAUCGAAGAUUUGAUCUCUCCAGAUGAUAUAAAACCUCGUGAGCGUUAUGAAAAUAAAAAGAAUGUAACGGUACGGGCAAAGAAGCAGAAGCAGCGUUCACAAAUCAAAAUCAAACCCGACGAGGAGGUAGAUGAUGCAAAGACGUUGCGUGCUCCCAUUCACGAAAGUGUCAUACCAGGCACACAAAAGGUCUAUAUCAAGACAUGGGGAUGCGCUCACAAUAAUUCUGAUUCGGAAUAUAUGGCAGGACAAUUGGCCUCUUAUGGCUAUCAAUUGUGCUCAGGCAAGGAUGAGGCUGAUCUAUGGCUACUCAAUAGCUGCACCGUAAAGAACCCAUCAGAGGAUACAUUUCGCAAUGAAAUCGAGUCGGGCAUGCAGAAUGGCAAACAUGUUGUGGUGGCCGGUUGUGUGCCCCAGGGUGGACCUAAAUCCGAGUAUUUACGUGGCCUGUCUGUGAUUGGAGUACAACAGAUUGAUCGGGUUGUGGAGGUGGUUGAGGAAACACUUAAGGGGCACAGUGUACGUCUAUUGCAGAAUAAGAAAGUGAAUGGUCGCCGUGUGGCUGGCGCUUCCUUGGCUUUACCCAAAGUCCGAAAGAAUCCGCUUGUGGAGAUCAUAUCGAUCAAUACCGGAUGUCUCAACCAAUGCACCUACUGCAAGACGAAGCAUGCCCGCGGUGAUUUGGCCAGCUACCCGCCAGAGGAAAUUGUGGAACGGGCGCGUCAAUCUUUUGCCGAGGGUUGCUGUGAGAUUUGGUUAACUUCUGAGGAUACGGGUGCCUAUGGGCGAGAUAUUGGAAGCUCGCUGCCGGAACUGCUUUGGCAGCUGGUUGAGGUCAUACCAGAGCACUGUAUGCUGCGCGUGGGCAUGACCAAUCCACCAUACAUACUGGAACAUCUGGAGGAGGUGGCAAAAGUUUUGCAGCAUCCGCGUGUUUACUCAUUUUUGCACGUUCCCGUUCAAAGUGGCAGCGACUCCGUUCUUGGCGAAAUGAAGCGAGAAUACUGUCGGAAGGACUUUGAGCAUGUGGUGGACUUUUUGCGUGCACGAGUUCCCGGGCUAACCAUAGCCACCGAUAUUAUUUGCGGGUUUCCCACUGAAACCGAAGCCGACUUUGAAGAGACAAUGACGCUCUGCGAAAAAUAUCGCUUCCCCAGCCUCUUUAUUAAUCAGUUCUUUCCACGACCUGGUACACCGGCAGCUAAAAUGGAACGCAUACCUGCAAAUCUGGUUAAGAAACGUACCAAACGCUUGACCGAUCUCUUUUACACCUACGAGCCGUACGCUGGUCGUGUUGGUGAGGUCUACGCUGUUUUAGUAACCGAAAUCUCUCACGACAAACUGCACUAUGUGGGCCACAAUAAAAGCUACGAACAGAUUCUCCUACCCAUGCGAAAGAAUCUGUUGGGUACCAGAGUUCAUGUUCGGAUUACAAGUGUCAGUAAGUUCAGCAUGAUGGGCGACAUAUUGGAUGAUGAAAGCGAAUGGAGAAGAUGUGACCGCAAGCAAGAGGAUAAGCAGCAAAAACAACAGAUCACUGAAAACCUAAAGGAGAGCCGUUGGCAGAAGCUACAUCAUCCGUAUUUGGGUAUUGCCCUUGUCAUAGGAACCUUGGCUUAUAUUAUACACUUGCUAAUGCGCGUAAUAUUUAGUUCCACCUUGUUAAACGAAUAAAAAGAAAAAUAAAUUCAAUUGAGGCCCGUUA